CUUCCCACACACGUGACGCAUAUACAUUAUAUAAUGUAAAUACUAUCUAAAAUAUCAAAAGCACCUUCACUAAAAACUAAGCCGAUUAUAACAGAGCGAAGAAGCAUGGAGAUAUGGCUCUUCAUCCUCCUCUUUCUCUCCAUCUGUCUCCUCCUCCGCCGCAGAUCCGCCGCUUCCCUCCCUCUCCCUCCAGGCAUCGGCGCCAUCCCAUUCAUUGGAACCCUACGGUGGGUCCGCAACGGCCUCGGCGGUCUCGAGGGCCACCUCCGUGACCUCCACCGUCGUCUCGGCCCCAUCGUCCCCGUCCACUUCACCACUCGUCCGGCGAUUUUCGUCGCCGACCGCUCUCUCGCCCACCAAGCCCUAAUUCAAAACGGCGCCGUGUUCGCCGACCGCCCUCCGGCUCCUCCGACGAGCAAGGUCAUCACCAGCAACCAACACAACAUCAGUUCCGCUUCGUACGGACCUACCUGGCGACUCCUCCGCCGCAAUCUCACCUCGGAGAUCCUCCACCCCUCGCGCGUGAGAUCUUACUCCCACGCACGCAGAUGGGUUCUCCAGAUUCUCGCGGAUCGGUUCCGUACGAGUGGAGGGGAAAAGCCUGUCGUCGUCGUCGUCGAUCAUCUCCACUACGCCAUGUUUGCUCUUCUUGUGCUGAUGUGUUUUGGGGACAAGCUCGACGAGAAACAGAUCAAACAGGUCGAAUUCGUUCAGCGACGACAGCUUCUGAGUAUUAGGAGAUUCAAUAUCCUCAACCUCUGGCCUAAGCUCACCAAAUUCAUUUUCUGGAAGAAAUGGGAAGAGUUUCUCCAGCUCCGGAGAGAACAAGAAGCCGUGUUGCUUCCACUGAUUUGUGCCCGGAGGAAGAUCGUCGACGAGAAGACGAAAUCUGGGCUUUCUCACAAGGACUACGUCCUAUCGUACGUCGAUACUCUGCUCGAUCUCGAGCUGCCAGACGAGAAGAGGAAGCUCAACGAGAACGAGAUGAUAAGCUUGUGCUCGGAGUUCCUCAACGCCGGAACCGACACGACGGCGACGGCCUUACAGUGGAUAAUGGCGAAUCUCGUGAAAUACCCAGAAAUCCAAAAUCGAUUGUACGAAGAAAUCAAAGGCGUAGUCAGCAGAAACAGAGGAGAAAGCGGAGAAGAAGGGGAAAUCAGUGAAGAAGAUGUGCAGAAGAUGCCAUACUUAAAGGCUGUGGUGCUGGAAGGUCUCCGUAGACACCCACCGGGGCAUACGGUGCUUCCACACAGUGUGACAGACGAGACCGUUUUGGCUGGCUACUCGGUCCCCAAGAACUGUACGAUCAAUUUCAUGGUUGCAGAGAUGGGUUGGGACCCACAGGUAUGGGAUGAUCCAAUGGCGUUCAAUCCGGAGAGGUUCAUCAAUGGCGAAGAAGCUGUGGAUAUAACCGGAAGCAGAGGGAUAAAGAUGAUGCCUUUCGGGGCGGGACGGCGGAUUUGCCCCGGAUUAGGGUUGGCAUUGAUGCAUCUCGAGUAUUUCGUGGCGAAUCUGGUGUCAGAAUUCGAGUGGAAAGCGGCGGAAGACGAUGACGUGGACUUGUCGGAGAAGCAGGAGUUCACGAUUGUGAUGAAGCAGCCAUUGAAGGCUCAUGCUGUGCCCAGAAGAAGCCAUUGUAGGAAGGCUCAUAUGUAGUAUUUAUGAAUGUAAUUGUAGAAUCUGAAUUUAGUAUUAGGGUUUGAAGUAGUAAAUGCAAGUAUGUAUAUUGAAUAUAUAUAUAUAUAUAUAUAUAUUAAAGUUGGUAUAUGCCCUUGGGACUGUUAUAUAUUUGUACUAAUAAUGUCGUGGGAUUGUAAAUGUGUUAUCUUCAGGGUU